UUCAAUUUACAUUUUGAUAAUAAAAAUAUUUGAUUGAUUUGAUUUUUGUCCUCAUCAUUUUCACCCAAAUCAUUGAACAUAAUGUAUCGAUUAUUGUUAUUAAUAUUGCCAACAAUUGUUUGGUCAGCUUAUAUUCGUUAUUACGAACCAUGUUCAACACCUGUUUGUCGUCAAUCGGCUCGAUUCAUUAUCGAAUCAUUAGAUCGACAAGUAUCACCAUGUGAUGAUUUCUAUCAAUUUGCUUGUGGUGGCUGGCUACAGAAACAUGAUCAUAUUCCAGCAACAAAACCAUUAUAUAGUGUUGCCAUACAAAUACAGGAUCAAAUGAUUGAAAAUAUCCGUUCAUUACUUGAAUCGAAUCAAACGGCCGAGCAUUCCAGUCGCACGAUACGAUUGGCAAAAUUCCUUUAUGAUCAAUGUUUAUCGAUAGACAAUGAAAUGGUGAUUGAUCAAAGCCAUCUAGUUGAAUCAUUGUUUGCCAUUCAUGAUGAUUAUCGUCAUAAUGAUACAUGGUAUAACAUUUAUCUAUCAAAUUUGGCUACCAUCCAUGCCAUGUUUCGUAUUGUUGUCGUUGCCAAUCCACGAAAUACAAGCGAACAGAUUUUAGCCAUGGAUACGGCCUCAUUUCCAUUGGACGAUAUUGUUAAUGUAAAGACCCGAAAUCGGCCAACAAUGGUUGCAUAUCAACAUUAUUUAGAAAAAAUUUCUAAAUUAAUACCAUAUCUUCGUCAUAAGAAUGACUCGGAAAUUGUUGAACUAAUUGACGAAAUGAUUGAUAUUGAAAUUCGAUUGGGAAGCAUAAAAAUGACCGAUCUGGAUCAUCAAGAUCUAUCAAAAAUUAUCAACAUUAUGAGCAUUGCCGAUUUUGAAAGACAGAUGAAUUUUCCAUGGUUAGAUCACAUUUUUCGACCAACAUUUCGAAUGUUCGAUGCUUCCAAUGUUAAAAUUUCUCGGAAAAAUUUAUUACUCAUCACCGAUCUGGGUUAUUUCAGAAAUUUUACCACUUUAAUUGAAACGAUUCCUGGCGAUAAACUUCGUACAUUUUUAGAUUUUCAGUUGGCACGAAUGGUGACACCAUAUCUUGGUGAACAAUAUCGUCGUUAUAUGUUUGAAUUUUUGAAAACAAAAUCCGGUAUAAAACGAACUCCGAAUAGAUGGCGUACCUGUUAUAGUCAGAUUGAAAAAAUCCUACCAUGGGCAUUAUCUCGUCUAUAUGUUGAUCAUAAUCAUCUUGAUAUGAAUGAUCGAAAACAAGCUGGUGAUCUUGUCGAUUCAAUUCAUGAGACAUUCAUCGAAAUGGUCAAUGACGUUCCUGAUCGACAAUCAUCAUCAAACACAUGGAUCGAUAAUAAUGUUCGACAAUUAUCAUUGAAAAAGUUGAACCACAUACGAAAAAAUGUUGCCUUUCCACAAUGGCUACUCGAUGACCAUCGUUUAGAUCGAAUACAUCAUCUUGAUGAUUAUGUUGAUGAUUAUCGAUCGCUCGAUGAUUACAUACCAACAAUGAUACGUUUCGAAUGGAAUCAGAUGCAAUCCAAUUUGUUACAAUUGAACAAUGACAAUAACGAUCUAGAAAAAGACAUUGAUAGUUGGGCAAUGGAACCAGCCAUGAUUAAUGCUGCAUAUUCACCUAUUGAAAAUACAAUCACGAUACCGGCAGCCAUUCUAACACCACCAUACUAUGAUUCGAAACUUCCACUCAGUAUAAAUUACGGUGCCAUUGGUUCGGUUAUCGGUCAUGAAUUGACACAUAGUCUCGAUGAUGAAGGUCUCCAUUUUGAUCAUAAAGGUAAUUAUCAUUUGGAAUCAAUGGAUAAUGAUGACCACCAAUUAUUGUGGUCGGCUGAUAUGUUGCAAAAUUUUGAAAAACGUUCCGAAUGUCUUGUCGAACAGUAUUCAGCUAUCCAAGAACCGAUAACCGGAUUACAUCUUAAUGGCAAUAAUACAUUGGGUGAAAAUAUAGCCGAUAAUGGUGGCCUACGUCAAGCAUAUCAUGCAUUUCGUGGUGAACAAUAUCGUCAUCCACAACAAGCCAAUCGAAUACUAGCCGAUCUAUCCGAUUUUAGUCCCGAACAAUUAUUUUUCAUAGCCAAUGCACAAAUCUGGUGCACCAAAUAUCGUCCACAAUCAUUAUGGUCUAAAAUUCACCAUGAUCCUCAUGUUCCGGCUAGAUAUCGUGUCAAUGUUCCGGCAUCAAAUUUACCGGCAUUUGCUCAUGCAUUCAAUUGUCCAUCGGGUACACGUAUGAAUCCAAAUCGUAAAUGUAUCUUAUGGUGAAUCUAUCAAUCACUUGUAAACAGUUUUUUUUGACCCUGUUUUUUUUUUAUUCCGAUGGUUGUUUAAUUUAUUUGAAUUUGAAUAU